AUGGCGGGUGUUCCAUACUCAUCGGGAGUCAGGAGUUUGAUGUAUGCCAUGGUCUGUACCAGACCAGAUAUCGCUCACGCGGUUGGAAUUGUUAGCAGGUAUCUUUCCAAUCCUGGGAAGGAUCAUUGGGAAGCUGUGAAGUGGAUCUUAAGGUACCAAAAAGACAGUGCAAAUAAGUCAUUGAGCUUCGACAAAGGAAACCCAAUUCUUGAAGGUUAUACAGAUGCAGAUAUGGCAGAGUAUAUUGCAUUAACAGAAGCAGGAAAAGACCUGCUUUGGUUUAAGAGGUUUCUUCAACAAUUGGGAAUGAAGCAAGAAAUGUAUGAUAUCCAUUGCGAUAGUCAAAGCGCAUUAGAUUUGAGUAAGAAUGCGAUGUACCACUCUCGCACGAAGCACAUUGAUGUCAAAUAUCAUUGGCUACGUCAAGCAGUGGAAGAACAACAGUUCAGGUUAGAAAAGAUUUACACUGACGAUAAUCCUGCUGACAUGAUGACAAAAGUUAAAAAUGCUUUCGAGUGGGGUUUAUCAAUGAUCCCUCACUCGGAAGAUGCAGUUGAAGUUACUCAACUUGUUGCUAAAUUUAUUGUGAGAGAGGCUCGAAAGUCUAAGACCAUGCCGUCACUCCAGAGUGUUCGUGAUAAUCUCAUAUACAAAUACAGGACUAUCGUUCGAGUCUUGAACAAACACUAUGGUGAUGAGGCCCCUGUUGUAGGAAGCUUAACCACUUUGUACAACGGCUUACGCAAUUUGGACAGUGGCCUUUUCUCGUCAGAUGACUGUAAGAACAUGCUUCUCAACCCGAUAAGGUCAUCCGAGGUCGAAUGUCGUCGGCUAAAAAUCAACAUUGGCGACACGCCGCCCACAAGUGGUGAUGGUGUGUUUAUAGCAAGCAAAGCAUCCUUAAUCAUCACUGAUGAUCUUCAAGUAUUGCCUAACACGACGGGUUUUGCUGUGCAAAUUUUCCACAACUUGGGCAUUAUGGAUACAAUUGGGAUCGAGGAAAGGAGUCUGACUUAUUUUAGACAAUGGAUUUGCGAUGAAGUGCGCAACAGUUGUGCCACCUGUUGA